AUGAAAUACUUGUACCCCGCUUCGCAUGACCUCGACUCGCUCUCUGACCAGCAACUCUCGCUGAAGAUUGCGCGCCAUUGUACUUGCAGCUCAUGCGGCUGCUUUGGGCUGCAUCCUGAUUCUGGUUGGAACGUGGUCCUCGACUCUGAUGACCUCGACAACAACUCCGACCAAUCCUUGCCUGAUUUGGACCAGUAUGCCUCUGACGAUGAAGACGGCCCUCCAAGCUAUCUCGAAAUGUGUGCCUGUGGUCAUGAUAUGUACGACCAUGGUGCGGAUCAACCCCAACUCGGUCGCGACGAGUUUGUUCGCAAGGCACGGGUCGCCAUUCGCGCUGACGAGAUCCUGCAAGAUGUGAAUAAAUUGCUCGAUUUCACGUAUGUCGAUGGAGAUGUCCUUUCGCUGCGAAAACAGAUGGUGCCGUUCUCAGCAGGUUCAGAACGUAAUUCUUCUCCCCAACUCUCCAGUCCACCUUCAUCCGCCUCGUCUGUACUAAGCGAUGACCCGGACUCCCCUCCUCCACCCAAGAAACGCCGCGUAUCAUAUACCUCAUCCUCUGCACUAAGCUCUGACGAUGAAUCUGAGCAGCCAUUGGCUGCCAGAGUCGGUGCAAAGUCAAAAUCAACAACAACACGAUUAGAUAAGGGUACACGGCCACCGGCGUCCAAGGGUCAGAGAGGCGGGAAGAAAGGACCAGGGAUAAAGACAAAGACAACGGGCCAGAUGGCCCCAACAUCUCUUCCGCCACCAACAGGGUUAGAGCAGGCGUUAAUGAACGGAACCGUAUCAGCGCAACCUCAAAUCAAAGUCGAGGACAAGUUGGAUGAGCAACAGCUUUCGAGGCUUACUACGGGUGUAACAGUGGACUCAAAAGAGGGCGUGGCAACAACAACAGCCAAGCCAGAGAAAGCCGCAGUGGGUGAACUCCGGAGGGGAAUCAUUGUCAUAAAUCCCGUCGAAAAUGACGGAGAGCCGCGCUCACUCAUCAUCCUCACUGGCUUGAAGACCCUUUUUCAAAAGCAGCUGCCCAAGAUGCCCCGAGAAUAUAUUGCGCGUUUAGUCUACGACAAUAGUUCCAAGGGUGUAGCGAUUGUCAAACGUGGACUCAAAGUCGUAGGCGGCAUAUGCUAUCGACCGUUCCCCCACCGCGGCUUUGCUGAAAUUGUAUUUUUUGCCACUGCGUCUGUUGAUCAAGUGAAGGGUUACGGCGCGAUGCUAAUGGACCACUUCAAAGCACACAUCCGCAAGACCUAUCCUGAUAUGAUGUACUUCCUCACUUACGCGGACAACUAUGCCGUUGGAUACUUUGAAAAGCAGGGCUUCUCCAAAGACAUAACGCUAGACCGGUCAGUUUGGGCCGGCUACAUCAAAGACUACGAGGGCGGAACGAUUAUGCAAUGUACCAUGCUACGCAAAGUGGACUAUCUGGACAAGCCAGGUCUACUCAAGAUUCAGACAGAGGCGGUUAUGCAGAAGAUACGCGAGAUGUCUCGCUCGCAUGUCGUCUACCCGGGUCUGCCGCAGUUCCAAAACGCAGAGGGCGAGGUUAGCGUUGACUAUCGAGACGUUCCUGGACUUAGGGAUAGUGGUUGGUCGCCUAAUAUGUCAAAUGCCCCUGUUCGUAUAAUCUCGCGAAACUCGGAUCUCUACUGGAUGCAGAAAACGAUGAGGGAGCUGAAAGAGCACUCUGCUGCUUGGGCAUUCCUCCAGCCGGUGAAUGGUAACGAAGUUGUUGACUACUACGAUGUGAUCAAGGAGCCCAUGGAUUUUUCUACAAUGAGCGAAAAGCUGGAGAAGAACGAAUACCCGACUGUCGAGGCAUUCAUCUCCGACGCGCAGCUCGUGUUCGACAACUGUCGCAAGUACAAUGUUGAGAGCUCCAACUACGCUAAAAAUGCCACCAAGAUGGAAAAGUUCCUCAACGAGCGAGUGGCGGAGCGAGGGAAGAAAGACUAG